AUCCAUUUCUGCACCAUGUAAACAAGGAACUGAAAGAAAAAGAAAUUCAGGCCGUUGCCACAAAUCCCAAAACUACCCACGAGCUAAAAUGGCCCACUCUGGGUCAGCUUGUCUUUUCAUCCAAGUUUCAGAAGUUGGAAACAUUUAAACCCCCAAAGGACCUUGACCUGAAGGCACUUUAUCUCCAGAAGCCCCUGGAAUCCACCUGGACCAAGACCAACAGCCAGUUUCUCUCCGGUCCCCAGAAAUCAAGUAGCCCCUUCACACCGCUCCAGAAAGAGCUGUUCUUGAUUAUGAAUUCUUACCAGGACUUGUUCUACCCAGAAAGGACCGCCCUGAAGAAUGGGGAGGAGAUCCGCCACGUGUACUGCCUGCACGCCAUAAACCACGUCCUCAAAGCCAACGCCCAGGUGCUUGGCAACAAUAGCAGGCGCCGGAGCCGGAAACUUGGGGUGGGCGACGAUGACGACUUCAGGGACCAAGGGCUGACAAGGCCCAAGGUGAGUGGAGCAGGAGAGCCUU